CCUGUGUAUCGAUAUUUAAGAAGCCAGAUGCAUCUGGCGACUCACUAGUUAGUUUAAAUAAAAAAAAACACUGAAAUAAUGUUUAAAACAGUGGGUUGCUUUUUUGCGCUGGUAGUUCUAGUGGCUGGCCGUAUGGAGCUUCCCCCAGAACUUCAAGAAUACGUUAAAGAUCUUCACAAUAUUUGUAUAAAAAAAGCCGGAGUUUCAGAAAGUGACCACGCGGCGUACGAUAUAGUAAAUAAUCCUCACGAUCCAAAACUUAUGUGUUAUAUGAAAUGCCUUAUGUUGGAAGCAAAAUGGAUGUCACCUGAUGGUGCGAUCCAAUACGAUUAUAUUAUUAAUAUGGCUCAUCCAAAAAUAAAAGACCUUUUGGAAGCCGCCCUUAACAAAUGUAGGACGAUUGAAGAAGGAGGAGAUUUGUGUGAAAAGGCAUCCAAUCUAAACUUUUGUUUAUCCAAAGCAGAUCCAGAGAAUUGGUUCUUGGUUUGACACUCCAAAGAUUCGAUAUGGACCUUAAGACGUUAAUACUAUAAGACGUAUAUUGUUUAAAUUAUUUUUUCUGAAUUGAAUAAAACCUGUAAAAAGGUAUGAAAAAA